AUGUCUGCUGUGCGCCGGAAGUUUGGGGACGAGUACCAGGUGGUGGGCCCAGCUCGCAGCGGCACCCGCAGAGAGCGCCAACGCUUCGUGGACAAGAACGGCCGCUGCAACGUACAGCACGGGAACCUGGGUGGCGAGAGCAGCCGCUACCUCUCCGACCUCUUCACCACGCUGGUGGACCUCAAGUGGCGCUGGAACCUGCUCAUAUUCCUGCUGACCUACACAGUCGCCUGGCUGGUCAUGGCCUCAAUGUGGUGGGGCAUCGCCUACCUGCGAGGUGACCUGCACCAGGUGCAUGAUGACACCUACAGUCCAUGUGUGGCCAAUGUGUACAACUUCCCCUCCGCCUUCCUCUUCUUCAUAGAGACCGAGGCCACCAUUGGCUACGGGCACCGCUACAUUACCGAGCGCUGCCCUGAGGGCAUCGUGCUCUUCCUCUUCCAGUCACUGCUGGGCUCCAUCGUCGAUGCGUUCCUCAUCGGCUGCAUGUUCAUCAAGAUGUCCCAGCCCAAGAAGCGAGCUGAGACCCUCAUGUUCAGCCGUGCUGCAGUCGUCUCGCAGCGGGAUGGCAAGCUCUGCCUCAUGUUCCGUGUUGGCAACCUCCGCAACAGCCACAUGGUGUCUGCCCAGAUCCGCUGCAAGCUGAUCAAGUCCCGACAGACACCGGAGGGAGAAUUUCUGCCGCUAGACCAGUGUGAACUGGAUGUUGGAUUUGGAACUGGAGCUGACCAGCUGUUUUUAGUUUCCCCAUUAACUAUCUGUCAUGAAAUUAACUCAAAGAGCCCCUUUUUUUGUCUCUCACAAAGAUCACUAAGAAGCGAGCAAUUUGAAAUAGUUGUUAUCCUUGAAGGAAUCGUUGAGACUACCGGAAUGACGUGUCAAGCUAGGACCUCGUAUACAGAAGAUGAAGUUCUCUGGGGUCACAGAUUCCUCCCAGUAAUGUCCCUAGAAGAUGGCUUUUUCCGUGUCGAUUAUUCUCAGUUCCAUGCUACGUUUGAAGUCCCCACUCCUCCUUACAGUGUUAAAGAGCAAGAAGAAAACCUGUCCCUGUCACCUCCUUUGAAUAGUCCCGUCGAUAAUGACAAAACCAGAAGAGAACAGGUUUGUUCACUUGACUGUAUUGAUGUUGCAGGAGAGAAGAACAAGCUCCCUUUUAAACUCCAGAAGAUUAGCUCGAGAAUGGAAGACCUUCCAAGAAGAGCUCUGAGAAUGAGUUCCAGUAACACAGAGAAGACUUGCAGUACCAGCGAUCUCUUGAAAAUUCAAGAAAUAAGUCCCAUCUCUGACGGUGAAGACAGUGAUGACAGGAUACAGCUGAAAGCCUUAAAAAUAAACACCGAGGCUUUGACUGAGUCUACCGGCGAUCUCGAGUUACAGAAGAACCCUCCAAGUAUGUGCGCUCUAGAGAUGAAAUUGGAAGAUGUUUUUCCUGCCAAACUUCGAAAAAUGAACUCUGAUUGCUUCUCUUAAGAGCAGAAGCAACAGGAGUUGUUGCUGAUAAACUGCAUUCGAGACUGCUGACCUGAAAGAGUUGUCUUACAGUAAAGUCAUAAUUUGGUUUUGCCACUUUCAGGAAUAACGAUCCUUUUUGUAUAAUUGUUCUGUACAGAUCCAACUUAGGUAGCAUAAUAGGACUUUGAGUGGAGUAAGGUUAGAGUGUUGUGCCAAAGAGAUUGCUGCCCUAAUGAUGUUUAUCUCAUGCUCGUUGCAAAUCUACAUUGUCUUCCAUAUAUGCAGAUGCUUUUUCACAAAGCAAGGUCCAGAUCCUUAGUUGCAGAGUGAAAUGUUCAGAGAUCAAGCCAAAAAAGGGUGUAAAACCAGCUGAAACACAAUUUUGUGCAGCUCAGAUCUUGGGCUGUUCCUGAUGUACAGUACAGCAGAACACUGGAAGAAUCUGUGGCGCUGCUCGGUUGUAGUCCAGUUCUCUCAGUGACCCCAUUGGAAGGUGGCCUUCCUGUGCAGCCUAGUGGCAUGCAUCCUUCUUUCUCAAUGAUUGCGGCAUGCCAGCUCCGUGCUCCCAGAAUCUCGUUCAUUGUCAUUCAGGUAAGGGAAGUGGUUUGCGAUAGCCAUUUGUGUCAUUUGACUCGCACAAGCUCUCAUAAACACGAGAAUCAUUUAUCCUGUCCAAAAUUAGAUCCCAGCAUUCGAUCAGGUGGAUCACGUUGAAUUUUAAUAACCGUAUCACCACUCACUGUGAAGAGAACUUGAGGUCGGUAGCUCAACUUAGUGGUAUGUUUCAUACCUCAACUUAAUGAAAUUUUAGUUUGGAGACUCCUCGUAAGUAAAUAAAAGCAAAGUGCUAGAUAAUGCUCAGUCGUUGCAGGAAUGGACAAUAGUAUGUACACAUCUCGGAGUUUUACUAAUGAAUGAUGAGGGUCUUUGAUACUGCUUUUUUUUUUUUUGUUACAUUUGCCUUCUCCGUUUAUGUAUGAUUCUCAAUAAUUUUGUAGGUUUGACAUUUAUAAUAUUAUGCAAUUUAUUGCAGGGUAGAACUCUGUUUUAACAUAAAUAUAUUAAGAUACUGAAAGAAAAGGAAGCAUAGGUCUGUAACAUGUUCAGUGUGCAGCCGAGAGAGGGCUUUCUCGUUUUUGAGCAUAAUGGAGCAUCCUCUCAAAGUGCUUCUGCUAAUAAUGGUGAUUUACUUUCAAUUGCUGCAUGAAUAUUUUAGAUCAUCCCUGGAAUAGGGCAACCUUAUGUGUAGAAAUGACCAAAAAGAUGUCAGUGAAGAUUUACACAGAAGUGUUGGUAUUUUGGUAUGCAGUAUCUUUAAAGUGUCAUACAGCUUUUUCUAAGUGACUGGCCUUGAACAAGAGAGAAAAAUGCUCUCCUGGUUUUAAAACAAAUCUUGCAUAACUGAAACUACUAUUUGCCUUACUGAUCAUGAGGAAAUGGCAAGAACUAGACUUUGACUUCCUUAGAUUUCCUGGGGUUCUACAUUUCAGAAUAAUCGCAUUACUAUUCAGCUGUUCUGCUGUCCAUCUCAAUCUGUGAGGUCUUUUUUUUUCCAGUUGGUAGUGAGCAAGCACAAUCAGAACUUGCUAUUUUGUAAAACGCGAUGUUCAGUAGCUCAGCAUAUAGGGUGCUUAUCACUAGCAGAGCACUCCCCAACAGAAGGAUCAAAUUCUGCUCUUGUUACAUGGACAGAAUUCAGUCAAAUUUAAGAGGGGUUGCUGUGGCCAUAUCAAUCGGCAAUGCAUGCCUCGAUGACUAAAACGGAGAGGUAAAGUGAUAUAUCCAAGCCAGGGAUGGCUUGGCUUGCAUAAAUCGCUGUUUUUUGCUUUUGAUCUCCUGCCUACGGUCUGAAACUGGAAGAUGGUAUUUUGCACAGGGGUAGGAUUUGCUUCUUGUUGUUCUUGUUCGUUUUCAACAUGAAUUUCAACAUUAUAUACGUGCUGAAAUCUGUAUUUUCAUUUAUUAAAUGUAUUAGUAUGG